UGUUUAACUUAAUAUCAGGUUGAAGUAGCAGUAAAGUGGCAGUAUAUAUCAGCUUUGAGUUUUAUUUAUUUUGUAUAGGUCGUCAAUCAGAUAACGUAACACAACGUAGAGCUAACGUCUAAAGCGGUUACAAAAAUAUUACUUUACUACAGUGAUCAGUAAUGUAUUGCUGGGGAAAGGCUUCCUGGACGGAGUUUGGUAUAACACCGAAAGAAUAUGUCAUUAACGGGGAAAACCAAUAUUUAAACCCAUUUUUCUCACAGAAGAAAAUAGUUCGAAUUGCGUGCAAGUGCGGAAUCGUUGCGCUUGUCAAGGAAAAUGGGAAAGGCUGGGUCUGGAUGGAAGAUGAAAGUGGACGGCAACAGAAACCACAGAGAAAAAUAAAAGAACUGAUAUUGGCGAAUGAGGAAAAGGUUCAUACUCUUGACUGUGGAAAGUCUUAUAUUUUGGUGCUUUCAACCACUGGAAAAAUGUUUCAGUUGAUACUACAUUCAGAACUACCGGAAGUUGUGCGCCCCAAAUUAAUACAGACUCUGUGUGCUACAGUUAUAAUUCAAGUUGCAUGUGGAAACCAACAUUCACUGGCUCUGUCUAAAGACGGGCAGCUCUUCACUUGGGGACAGAAUUCAAAUGGACAGCUUGGGCUGAGGAAAGGGGAACCAAGUAAACCAUCCCCCCAACCUCUGAAGUCUCUGUCGGGGAUCCCGUUGGCUCAGAUUGCUGCAGGGGGAGACCACAGCUUUGCUGUCUCGCUGUCGGGGGCUGUUUUUGGCUGGGGGAGGAACCAUGCAGGACAGUUAGGACUCGGCGACAUCACCAACAGAUACCAACCAGCCCAUGUCAGGGCUCUAGAAUUCAAGAAAACUGGGUUUAUAGCUUGUGGAGAAGAACAUACUUCCAUUCUGACUAAGGAUGGGUUAGUGUAUACUUUUGGAGCAGGAUGUUUUGGACAGCUUGGACACAACUCAACAAGAAAUGAAGUCCGACCUCGACUAGUUGCUGAGCUGUGGGGGAAGCAAGUAUCUCAGAUAGCAUGUGGAAGUUACCAUACACUUGCUUUUAUUUCUUCAUCUGGAAAAGUGUAUUCUUUUGGGAGAGGAGAGCACGGGCAGCUGGGAAACAAGAAGACCAUUAAUCACAUAAUGCCAAUCCCUGUGAAACUUCCAUCAGAAAAACGCUACUCGCUGGUGGUGGACAGAAUAUUUGCUGGAGAAAGCCAAUCAUUUGUUCUGUGCUCUGAAAAGCAGGACUCCAAGGCUUCUGAAAUUGUUAUCCCCUUGAGACCCGGCAAAAGGAUUGCAAGAAUAGACAAUAGUUUAAUGAAUAAAUGGAUUGCCAGAAGUGAUCCCAAAUCAAAGAAGAUUACUAAAACAGAAAUCAUAAUGCUUUUUUCCUCCCCUGCCUGCCUGAAUGCAAGUUUUCUGAGUAACAACGAACACUUCAGCUCAGCCAAUGAGAUUGCAGGCUUGAACAUGUCAUCAGUUCGCGAGAUGUUUAAGACAUUGUCAGAACAUGGGUUGUUAUUCCAGGUAGCGACUGUUGUUCAGAAAAGCCUGCUGCCUUCUCUAAGCAAAGCCCAGGCUGUGGUAGAGGCCUUGAGGGUUUUUUUGAUUCUACCUGAACUCAUCGGAAUAUUUUAUACCCUGGACUGGAGUAUUGCUGAUAUAACAGCUUCUUUAGCACUUGCCAUCAUCAGACAAAAGCCACGCAGCCGCUCCCUCCUUAAGUCCUUGUGGAUGAAGCUGCCUGCCACAUUCUUCGAAAGAGUUGUCCAGAUACACCAUGAUGCAUCCAAUCAAUUCAUUCUCAAGCAUUCACGACUUUCACCUGCGGACAACAGCAAACUGCAUAUGACCUUAUAUGUCCUGCGAUUACUUUACAAUGUUAACACCAAAGCUGGAGAGAAGAUUCCAAGGAGUAAAUUCUACAUCCAAAACAUUCCACUUGAGUGUGUGUACUCCUUGCUAAUGUACCCCUGCAUCCUUGAUAUGAAAACAAAACAGGAUGCACUUCACGCUGACUGUGAAAAACAGUCACAAAGAAAUCAGUUAUUUGGUUUCGCAAACCAUCUACAUAUCAACAGAGACACCAUUCUGAGAGACACACUGCUGUUCUUAAAGCAAACCAAUCCAAGCCAAUACCAGUUCCCAUUAAAGGUGACAUUUCAGAAUGAACCUGGUGAAGAUGUAGGAGGGGUACAGAGGGAAUUCUUCUCUGUAAUCACAAGGGAAUUGUACAAGUCGGCACAGGAGCAAUUCAAACUUGAUGAGAAGUCUGGGCUACUUUGGUUUAUUUCUAAGAAUCACAGUGAAGUAUACCAUUCUGUCGGAGUCCUUUGCGGAAUGGCCUUGUACAAUCGCUGUGUAGCAGACUUCCACUUCCCCCUGGCCUUGUUCAAGAAGCUGCUGAAAGAAAAGCCCACGCUGGAAGACCUGAAGGAGUUGUCUCCUACAGAAGGAGGGAAUCUCCAGAAAAUUCUUGAUGAAGAUGAAGAUUGUGUUGAGGAUUUAUAUUUGGACUUCACGAUUCAAGAGCAUGAACUUGUACCAAAUGGUAAAGACAUACCAGUCACCAAAUACAACAGAAAGCGGUAUGUUGACGAGUAUUUGAAUUUUGUAUUCAACACAUCAGUUGAGAAGCAGUUUGAAGAUUUCAAGGAAGGUUUUAGUAAAGGGUGCCCGAGUACCAUGUGGAGACUAUUCCUUCCCAAUGAACUAAUGGCUGUACUCUACGGAAGCCAUAUCUUUGACUGGGCAGAACUGGAAAAGAAUGCAAGGUAUGAUGGCUAUGAACCAACAGACCAGACAAUCAUGAAUUUCUGGACAGUAUUCUAUGAACUUAAUGAGGAGAAGAAGAAACACUUUCUUGCCUUUUUGACAGGAAGUGACAGAGUCUCAGUUGGGGGGUUGAGGACGUGCCGCAUCAUUAUAAAGGACUAUGGAUAUCUGAAUCCUGAUGACUUCUUCCCUGAUCCAAGCACUUGUUUCCUGGUCUUGAACCUUCCUAAUUACAGUAGCAUAGACAUUUUGAGAGAGAAGCUCUUGCAGGCAAUCACUUGUCAUGAAGGAUUUGGUAAUCUGUAAAAUGUGUAGUUUUUCAUUAUGGAAUAUGUUGUAUCUUGUGUUCUGGGUAUUUAAUUGUAUUAGGUGACUAUAGUGAAAGAACAUGCACCCCAGCUGAUUUACAGGGUCUAAUCCUAUUGGUCCUGCCAGAAGUGCACUCCACUUGAAGAAAACUGUUUGAUCCUAGUGAUGUACUACUAAAUAUUUUCUAGAUUUUUGUAAGUUUUGUAUCUAAUGUGUGUGUGUGUAUGUGUAUGUGUAU